GUUGUUCCAGAUGUGGCGAUUGAUCCCCAUGCUGUUACUAGCCGCCGUGACCCUGUCGACGGGGGUUCUACUCCCGCGCCUCCCGCCCCUACAACCGGGCCCCGACCCCGCCUCUGACCAGUCCACUAGUGAUACACAUAGCACGCUAUCCGAAUGCGACGUCCUGAGGAGGCUGUUCAAUAGUGAGGCCAACUGGAUGUUCGACACUGACAAUAAACAGUACAACGAUUAUGUCACCAAAACUCCCGGUGCUGACCUGCACCAUGACAAUUUAAAAGAUAAAUCAUAUCAAUUUCAACCCCAAGACUUCGAACUGAACUAUUUGCAUGAGCAAGACCCUAAUACCAACGAGGAAGCCCUUCGCUAUGAAAUCCCUCUUCCUACGAUUAAAACGUUGUAUUUGCGAAACAAAGAUGUAAUCAUACAAGACGAUCAAGCUUACUACAUGUACGAUGCGUACAUGGCAACAACGAGUCCUUUUGAUUAUGUCCAAAAUCAUCAGAACUGCCUUUACAAAGCUAUGGCACGGCCAUCGUCACAAAACGCGGCUUGGACUGUUACAGAUAUUUUAGACUGGCAAGCUGAACCAGAGAAGCUGAACACGAACGAAUUUAUCCCCUCGGUAGAACAAAGGGGUAAAAGAUUUGAGACAGAAGAAACGGGCGAAAAAGAGAUCCCUGACUUGGUGAUAAAAGAGGGAGAAACGGAGGAAGUCCAAAAGAAGUUGUUCUCGUUCUGGAGCCGGCUGCAGGCGUUGUCUCACAAGGGCCGGCAGCUGCCCACGCGCAGGCACACCUUCGCCUUCUACGGGCCGGACGGCACGCGCGACGGCCCGCUCACCGCCGAGACGCGCGCCUCGCACCUCCGCCCGCCCGGACAGCCUCUCCGAUGGGGCUAAACACUGAACUAUCUACGUUUUAGUGUUCAUUUCCAUCGGCCAUGCAACAUAAGGUAAACGUACUGCUACUCGACGCGGAACCAGUAUACUUAUGUCAUCUUGAAACUUAAGUCAUUGUCAAUAGAGGUGACAGCAAUUAAUUAGCAUGUCGAGCACUAUUACGUUUACCUUAAUUACAUCUACUUACACGGGCAACUGCAUUUUCAGGCGGGGCAUGAGGCCAGUCGAAGAUCUCACGAAGAUCAACUAUACAAAUGUGUUUAUUUUCAUUAUGUUAGCGGUCUUCUGAAACCGAUUAGUACAAUAAAUGUAAUCAAAUAAUUUUAUAUACCAGGUAUUUUAAUACCAAAAUAUGUUAAAACAAAAAAUACAAAAAAAUAUUGUUUAGUAUGUAGAAAUUCGUGGAUAAGUACUUAUAUUCCUUUCUUUGUUUACUUAGCGUAGGUAUUAAAAAUUAUAUAGAUAUAAGAAAAACUUUUAAAAUUGUACAUGUUUUUAAGCCUGCUUGUUAAGAAUGCCAAUACGACUUUUGCAACACUUUAACUGAACAGGAUUCAACUUGAUGGUUACAUUCAAAUAGUGUGAAACGUUACUUUUAUCAGACCUUGAAAAAUCAAUAAAUAACAUGUUAAUCAGCUUA